GUAAAUCGAGAUAAAAAUAGGCUGGUAGAAGCACGUGAUUUACAGUUAUGUUUACUUUUGAUUAAUGGAAGAUGGCUGCUGUUUGUAAAAGUUUAAAAUGGAUGCGCUCCACGGUGCAGUUACUUAGGCUUCAGGCUUCUUGUAUUCAACAGCCUGUGAGAUGUUUGAACAUUCAUGAAUUUCAGAGCAAACAGUUAAUGGCAGAUAAUGGAAUUCAAGUUCAGCGUUUUAAAGUAGUUGAUUCAAUUGAACAAGCGGAUCUUAUUGCUAAUACAUUUGAUGUUAAAGAAUAUGUAAUUAAAGCACAAAUUUUAGCUGGUGGUAGGGGGAAAGGAACUUUUUCAAGUGGCCUUCAGGGUGGUGUUAAAUUAACAAAAAAUCGUGAAGAUAUUGUUCCUCUUGUAGAAAAGAUGAUAGGUCACAAAUUGAAGACGAAACAAACUACAGGAGAUGGUGUAUUAGUUACAAAAGUUAUGAUAGCUGAAGCACUUGAUAUUUCAAGAGAAACCUAUCUUGCUAUUUUGAUGGAUCGAGAUUCAGGUGGUCCAGUUAUUGUUGCUAGUCCAUCUGGUGGUGUUGAUAUAGAAGAAGUUGCAGCAAAAUCUCCAGAUCUUAUUUUCAAGGAAUCUGUUGACAUAAUGAAAGGAUUAACAAACACUCAAGCCAAAGCCUUAGCUAAAAAUUUACAGUUUCAGGGUACAUUAAUAGAUGAAGCAGCUGAUCAAAUUAAAAAAUUAUACCAAUUAUUUUUAAAAAUUGAUGCAACGCAAUUAGAAGUUAAUCCUUUUGGUGAAACACCAGAUGGAAAAGUUGUCUGUUUUGAUGCAAAAAUAAACUUUGACGAUAAUGCUGAAUUUCGACAGAAGGAGAUCUUUGCCAAUGGUGACAAUACUGAGAGUGAUCCACGUGAGGUGGAAGCUGCAAAGUAUCAAUUAAACUAUAUAGGAAUGGAUGGAAACAUUGCCUGUUUGGUAAAUGGUGCAGGCUUGGCAAUGGCAACCAUGGAUAUCAUACAUCUUUACGGAGGAAGUCCUGCCAAUUUUUUGGAUGUUGGAGGCGGAGUGAAGGAAGAGCAGGUUUAUCAAGCAUUUAAGAUUCUCACCAGUGAUUCAAAAGUAAAAGCAAUCCUCGUAAAUAUAUUUGGAGGUAUAGUCAAUUGUGCCAUUAUUGCAAAUGGUAUUAAAAAUGCUUGUAAAACCAUGCAAUUACAAGUGCCUCUAGUUGUAAGAUUGGAAGGUACUAAUGUGGACGAAGCAAAGAAAAUACUGGCGGAGAGUGGACUGUCGAUCACGACUGCCAUUGACUUGGAUGAUGCUGCAAGGAAGGCUGUGGCCAGCCUGAAAAUCUAAUUUUAACGGUUUGUAGUGUUGGAAUGGUUGGGAGAAGGAUUUGUACCGACUCGAAUGAGACGAGAAUUUUGUCAGCCAUUUUGGCAUCAAUUGUUUUAUAACAACGAUUGAGAAAAAUUAUAUAUUUUAUAGUAAAAUGACUAACACGUAGACACCCGGCACUACAAAAUUUUUUGUGCCAAGAUGUCUAGGGACUUUCUUUUGCCAAGACAAAAGUGGCAUAUUACCUAGUCCAUAUUAUUAUCAUUAUUUACAAUGAUGACAGAAUACUUAUAUAGAUUAAUAGAAAAAUUUUUAUAUUGAAUUUAUACAUGCCAAAUAUUAGUUUUUGAAA